AAACUUUACACGACAUCAGAGGAGGAAGGCAGGGCCAGGCCUUCCCUCUGCUGCUAAACUCACACCGUCAGCCUUCCUCUCCCUGAGUUUGGACCACCCUCUACUGUUCUCGUGGUGAACGGGGUUUUGCUUGUGCCAUAGCUGCAGGCAGGCCUUCAUUUUCAAUGAGAGCUGAGGCAGAGGGAGACUGAGACUGAAAGGAGGAGAAUGGAGAGCAUGAACCUGUGGAGGAAACACAACUGAGACAUCAAGCUGGGUCUUACCUGCAUCUCCUGGACUGUAGACUGAACUCACUAACUCAGGUAAAAAAAACUUACAUUUGUACAUUUUUAGUGUCAUGAAAAGGAUAAAACUGUUAAAAUGUUUUGAAUCAUCACUGAGUGGAAAAUGGGAAUUAAUUAAUUGAGUAAAGAAAGAAGAGUACAAAGAGGCCAGUUGUGAAGAAGUCGGGUACUUUUGACUUCCACUUGUCCUUAAAAGAACUAUGGAAACACAGUAAAAGGCUGAAACUAAAUCAUCCACAUUUCACAGAUACAUCUGGUGUAAAACCUAUGUUCAUACCCCGUAAAAAGUAGGUCAUGAUUCAUGUUGUCUCCUCAGCAGACAGAACUAAUCAGUGGCACCAUCAGAAUAACUUGUGGGCUAAUUGGCGUCCUCCUGAAAUCUACUGGCCCCAAGCAAAAGCCACAACAAAGUUAGACAAUGAAGUCUCUGAUUUCACUUAUAUUGUAGUAGUUUGUUUAAAAAGAGUUGGAGGGGAAAUGAAAGAAAAAAAGAGUAUUCCCUGUGAUGGGCUUUUGGGGGAUUUUGAAGUCAAAGAAAAGCUUCUAAUUGGGGAUAUACUAACAGACAGUGAGUCCUCAAUGGGACCACUUAGAGUCAGUGGGAUGACUGGCAGUGUCAUCCUGUUCCAUACGAUUGGGAAAACCUGCCGCCACAAAGUUUGACCUGUCUGGUAGUGAAGACUAAAUUAAUCUAGAUGGAGUGGCUGGAUCUGGUCAGGUUUGGCUGUGAGAGAGGAGAAGAGGAAAAUACUCUUUUUUGUGUGUCAAGAAAAAAAACACGGCUGCUGUGGUUGACUUGAUGAAGUCCAGCCGGGUGUGAACGACAGAGAGGAACCUGGCGGUAAGAACUGCCGAUGAGAUUCACAGCCCUGGCUGAGGAGCCUCUGUGUAAACACUGUCACUCCUGUCAGACCGGGGCCUGAGAGAUUCAUAUUGUGUGGUUGGAGACGUGCAGAGGAGCCAAAUCACUGAGAAGGAGGUAUUGAAGGGGGAUGACCUGUGAUUAAGGAAAGACAGGGAAAAGUCCUUUCUUGGUAAUAAUAACAGACUGACAGUGCCAAGGUGUUUCUGAGUUCUGACACAUGGUCCAUUUUCCUUCAAGUGCCUUUCCCACUGCCCUCAGAGGGUAUAUAAUCUGUAACAAAACAAACUGCUGAAGCUAAAAAUACAGGCUUCAAGGGAUUUUUGUGUGCUGCUGAACACUCAAGCCAGUUAUUAAACACUCAAGUUGGCUCUGACACUUUCUUUGUGUCAUUUUUCUUUGGAAAUACAUGGAAAAAAACUUUUGAUCCCUUUACACAAGCUUCUUUUGACUUUGACAAUGAUAAAAGGAUCCUAUUCUGCUUCAGCAGCAGAUUGAGUUUAGGUAAUGCUCUGGGAUCUGUCCCAUUAAGUGUGGUCAGGGCUCUACAGUGCAACCAAACAUCAAGAAGAGACCACAGGAAUGACUCAAAGCCUCUGCUGUCUCUCUCUUGGACUCAUUUAUCUUUGCUGCUAUGGCGUCUGUUAAAAUCCUCUGCAGAUUUGUUUUGAUGAGCUUCGAUGCGCAGUGGAUCAUAUUGGGUGCCUGUCAAACGUGUUAGAUGAAGGUUGCUCAGCUUCUCUGGCCACAUUCACCAGACUGCCUUCUGGUUGGAUUUGGCCCUACUGCCAAAAACCUCCUCGAGCUGGCCCCCGAUUAGCUCCAUUUUGGGAUCCAAGCCUGGCUACUGAAUGCGCAUGGAGGGACCUUCAUUUGGCAUGCAUUUUUGAACGUCACCCCCCUCCUGUUCCACUCCUUGUGCUGUCAAAACUAAUAUGAUCAAAUGGCAAGCGUCCCUUCCAAAAAUAGACUACAGAAAACAUUACUCAUAAAUCAGGGAUUCCUGGUUCCCCCUGCUGAGCCCCAAACACUUCAUCUCUUUUGCACCUUCAUGAAAUCUAAUCUCUCUGCCUGUACCAGCCAGGCAGAAAUGUCACAAGCUAAAAUGAGUCAUGAGCACCCAGAAUUACCUCUGGCUGACUUCUAUUAUUUUGCUCAUGAUUGAAACAUACAGUUUUACACCUCAUAAAUCAUCCAUAAAUCAUAUACCCAGCAUCAAUUUUUUUUGUGCAGGGCCAAACUGCAUCAAAAGUUGACGCUCUACCAAAAAUAGUACAUCUGCACUCUACUGUUUUCUUUCUCAGAAGUCGAACAUUUAUCAAAAUAAGCAAAAACUUUGUAAAAGUGGGAACAAAACCUUCACAGGCAGAAAACACCAGCAGAACCGAACACAUUGAUGGACACCAAUCUGCUGCAAACACACAGGAGAGACUGGCAGAUUAGUCUUAUCACAAUAGAAUUUAUAUUGUAAAAACUUCCUCAGCUGCAUUAGCUCGAUUCGCAACAGAUAUUUCUUACUUUAUAUCAAAUUCUCUGUCAGCCUCAGUGUAAUCUGACUGCAAUUCUCCACACGUGCCGGGGCAGGUCUACUGAAAUGCUAUAGGAGAGGUUUGGACAGGGUCUGAGCCAGGAGAUCUACAGAAAUAUGAAAAACAAAUCCCAGCACUUGCACACACACCCAGACACCUGAUACAGAUGUGGGCCAUAAUGAAAAAGAGGCAAUGAGGGAAUGGACUGAAAUUUGGAAUUACGGUAGCAGAUUUGUGGUGGGCCAGUGGCACUACUCUCACUCCACCACAAACUUACCAUAAGGUGCACGUUGCCAAUGGCAGGACUGUCUGCAGACUUUAAUGUGAUUUCAGCUGCAUCUGUGGGACCGUCUGCUAGUUUUCACCUUAGAUUUUCAUUCUCUAUUACUCUAGAAUCAAGCCAGAUUCUUGUGUUGAACUGAAGCUCUCUUCUGUGUUGUGCCAAGAGAUACACCUUGAAAAUUUAGGAUUUGCAGGCACAGUGUUUAUGUUGGAUUGCAUAGGGUUAGAGGGGGAAAGGAAACAUCUGUUAGGAAAUUGAACAAAAAGCACAAAAUAAAUGGAAACAAAAAGCAGCACUUCUCUGUAACUGAUAGGCCCAAAUUGAAGAAAAAAAAACUGGUUAUUUUUUUAGUAUAUUUUCAUGGUCAGCAAAAGCCAAUGGGGGUGUCAGAGCCAAGAAUGAAAUCAUCCUUCUAACAAGUACUGCGUACAUAGCCAAAACUUGAUUAUUCAUGAUCCUCAGCUCAGCACAGUACAGUUCAUCCAAGAGCUACUAAAAACUAACAAUGUGCCACAGCUUUGAACUACAUGCUCUGAUGUUAUGACAAAAAAGGCAUUGUACUUUAUUUUUAGUCAAUUCUGUCCUUGUGUUGUCAGCAGUUUCUGCCCACAGAACAAAUAUACUUCUUUUACUGAAUUUAGUCAUCAACAAACAUAAAAUUUACCCCUUUUUGAGUAAUGCUUGCCAAAACAAAAUGCCUGGUUGCUUCAGAAAAUUACAGUACUUUAUUUAUCACCACAGCCAUGAUAUCAUGUCUCUGAGACCAGAGUUUUAAGCUACAUGCUAACAUGUGUAGCAACAUGCCUUGCUCUUUAUUUUAACAAUUAAAUGUUGGCGUACAUGUUUACAAUGUUAAAAAGUGAAUAAAAGUGCAGCAAAGGCUGAGUAACAUCACAUCCAUAAGACCUUAAAGCUCCUGUUGGAAGUUUCUUGACAAGAUGAAAUAGACUGAAAAAGAUGAAUCGCAAGACUGAUGAUUUUAAUGCAAAUGUUUUCUAAUGCCCAUGUAAAUCAUGUGGAUUCGUAACUUAACUGCAAAUAAAUUGGCAAGACAAGACCUUAGUAUACUAACAGAAAACAUAUUUGAGAAAAGUCAAUUGAACCUGUUUGUUUGACCCAUCCCUUAUCUGUUACAAUGGAGGAGGGGUUUUUGCUACAGCCAAUCAGCAAAGGAGGCUUGAAAUGUUUAGGUUUCACUUCUGGGAAGUAGUUGUGCCAUUCCUCUUCUUAUUAAGUCUGUCAUAAAUGCUGCAAUCAAGUAGCAUGCAUGCUGCUCAACUGUUUCACAGCUUCUCUCCCUAAAGAUUAAUGGAGUGAUGUGUUAGUUAGAGAGAAAGAAGAAGCACAGGGAGAUUAUUCAACCGACAUUUAUAAAUCAAGAUUACCAACGGGACAAAAGCUUACCCCAGGAGGUGCCAAAACCUUAUAAUCCAAAAGUUCCUCACAAGCGCUGCAACUGUUACACAAAUAAGAAGUUUGUGUGAUGAGAGAUCCAGCCGUAAUCUCAGGGGUCCAAUCAAUAAAUCAUCAGCAUUUAUUCUGUCUAGACACAAGUGUUUGUAUUAGGGUUCUUGGAAAUCAGUAAAGUGUUUGAUGAGGCCUUUCUACUCAAAACCACAAAUCCAAGCCUUAUGUUCCCCAAGACAAAAUAAGUUAUCCUCAAAGUCACAUUCCCUGGAAGCUGUGAAUUUCACAAUAAAAAUCCAUGGCAAUCGAAGACAUACUACUUAAAUUCACAAUACAAUAACAGACAGGGCAGCAUCACCUCUCCUCAAGCUAGUUUGCUAGCAUAGCUGUAAUCUGAGUCAUAGUAGUGAUGGACUAAUAUCUUGAGCAGCAAUAUUGAACUUAAAAGUCAAAAACAAGUUAGAGAAGACUGAAAGAGUUGACCAACAUUUUGUUUUCUUUCGGGCCUUUUUAUGGUUCUUUGUCGAUAAAUACAAAUAACUCCACCUCCUCCUUGAGUAAAACAGUCUUCACUUGUUUUUUCCUUGUAACAGAUCUUGUUCUUUAUUCAGAAGAGGAAUCAUGGGGCCUGGAAAAUGGAGCAUACUACUUGUGUUGGGUCUGUCUCUCUGGAGCACCACCCAAGCCCUUACCAAGCACCCAAUCCUCUCUCGGAUACGAAGAGCUCCAGAGGCCAGUGGAGAAAACAAGAAGUGCUCCUACACAUUCCUGGUCCCUGAGCAGAAGAUCACAGGACCCAUCUGUGCUGCUCGAGGUUAUUCAACCGACAAGGACAGAGUGACACGUUUGGAUGUGGCUGGUGUGCGCGACCUCCUGUCAAAGCAGCGUAGGGAGAUGGAGACCUUGAAGCUGGUGGUAGAUGUGGAUGGUAACCUGGUGAAUGAGAUGAAGCUGUUGAGAAAAGAGAGCAGGAACAUGAACUCCAGGGUGACCCAGCUCUACAUGCAGCUGCUGCAUGAGAUCAUUAGGAAGAGAGACAACUCUCUGGAGCUGGCACAGCUGGAGACACGCAUCCUGAAUGCAACCACUGAGUCACUGCGCCUGGCCUCCAGGUACAGGGAACUGGAGGCCAAAUACUCUGCUCUGUCUGCAAUAGUGAACAACCAGUCAGUGCUGAUUGGUGCAUUGGAGGAGCGUUGUAUGCAGGUAUACAGCCGCAGGCAUGAGCAGCCACCCAUGGGACCUCCACUUGUGCAGGUGGUGCCGGAAAACAUUCCUGUUAAUGUGCCACGUUUCACCAAUGAGAUCCAGAGGGAUAACACCAGAGGGUUUGCCCGGGAAAGAGGCUCUCGAUCUGGGCCAUCACCAACAAGCGGAACGCUCGAGGUCCAAAAACCACCACAAAGAAACUUCAGCUCUGAGGGUGAGUGAGUUGAUAAGUAAUCCAUUAAGACAUCUAUUCAUCUUAAAGUUCAUUUGCACUCACUGGGGGAGUCACAGAAUUAAAGGAAAAAAGGUUAAGGGAAAAUAACAAUCACUUUUUUAACAUGACUGUUUUACUCUACUUCCCGACUAUUCUACAGUUUUGCCUUCAUUUAUCCUAACCCUACCCCAAAAUGUAUAUUUCUUUGGCUAAAUGAGUUCAUAAUAUAUAAAAACAACUAUUUUUGAGUUUUGUUUGAUCUCUGUAUAGUUUUACUUUGCAAAAAUAUUAUGAGGUUAAUGUUAGCAUCACUCAGUAAAGGAUCUUUUAUCUUUACAGUGUCUUAUCAUAAAAAAUAGCCCUCUCUGGACACCUUACACGGAGUGCAGGCUUAGAAUAACUAUUUGUUCUAUAAUAGUAUAGCGAGACCCACCAUCACAGCGAGCCAUCUUGAGCAAGCACGUGAAAACGCAAACGAGACCGAACUUCCUUUCAGGAGGCAGAAACCUCAAGGAGAACUAGACUCAACAGUGAAUAACCAUCUGCCACAAACAUGUAUUCAUUUCUGAAAUAGUCAACCAAACAAUCAACUACUGACUUUUUUGAGUACUAGCUAUUUGAUUAUUUGAUUGUUUCAUUACUUGUGGCUGUGUGAAGCUAUAUUCUGGCACAAUACUGAGCUAAAUGCUAACAUCAGCAUGCUAACAUCUUGACACUGGCAACUUUAAGUAGCUAUGAUUGGCGUAUUUACAUUUUAUUAACUACUAAUAAUUAAGUUAUAUACAGCUGAAACUGAGUUUUAUUAGUUGUACAAGCAUUAGAUUUUAAACUAAAGUAACAAUAAAAAUAGACAUUUACAUUUGUAUUGAAUGGUAGUUGUAGACAAGAGGCAAAGGGUUUUCUGAAGGGGAUUUCAGGCCAUCCGUUGGUUAUCUAGGCAUUACAAUAAAAAUUACUUUUUUUACUAAGCACUUUACAAGCACAUCAAAAUAGAUGUUAGCUUGCAAAUGUUGGCUAAGGAUCUUGAGGUAGAAACUGACGAGGCAACAGGGAUACAUAUAUGGAAUUAUGAAUAACACACAACUAUUUAUAAAGAAAAAAAGUUGCAGUCAAGAUUGUUGCAUCCCCUUCAGAUUUAACCUUAACUUUAUAACAGAUUGGCCCCAAAGAAGUCAGCACUGUGUAGCAAAUGUAAUAUAGAAGCUGGAGGCUUUGUAUAUAAGAUAUGGACAUAUGCACAUAUUUGGGAUUUUUGGGUGAAACAGUUUCCAAGUCGUAGGUGGUUUUAUAACGCAAUCUGGAGAUUCACCCAAUAUGCCUCCUGUUAGGAAUGCUACAGCAACUAAUCAAAGGCAGCAACAGAAAAACAGCUUGAUGUAUUAACCUAUGCCACACUUAAUAUCACUCAAAUAGACUUCACAUGCAAGAAACUUGAGGAAGCACUUCCCAAGAUCAAGAAAAGACGCCUGAAAGACAAGAGGAGGCUCUGUUCUCUGGAGCAAAUUACUCACUGUGUGGACUUAUGUUCUGUGUUUAGCUUACUAUUUCCAUAACCUGCUUUGAGGAUUAAGACUGUAGUGUCAUGUAGGUUUAGGAGGGAAUGAGUUAGGGGGCAGGAGGUUUAGACAGAGAAAGUGUUUUGGGAAGAGGGUGUUUAAAUGUAAAAUAUGUGCAGUGUGUGAAAAUAAGACAAAUAACUGUUAAUUUUAUUUUUUUUUUUUUUUUGAGAUGAGUCUUAAAUUGUGCAACAAAACAGAAAUAAAGUCAGGAUUCUUAGAGCCAUUAGCAAACAUCGUAUGGGUCCAUGAAUCUGUAUACAAUAUAUUAUGACAAAGACUAUCUGUUCUUUGUUUGAGAUGUUUACUUUGACCAUGGUUUUAAACUCAGGGAUCACUCAUCCAACCAUCUAUUUAUCAAUCCACCAUCUGUCCUUACAUUCAGUUGCUUAUUUACUUUUAUCCAUCAACUAUUAAUUAAUGCAGUCACUGUAAAAUAAACAGCAGUCGUGGAUUUUGUGCCAACCAUAACAAAAUAAUAAUCAGAGUUGGGGAGCAGCUGCAGGUGGGCCAGUGGCCUCCAUUUCAAAGGUUAAGGAUCUACAAAGUCGGCUGGAGUUCAGCUCACUGCUCAACAUAAAGAACACAAACCAGGAUGGAAAUAAAAAUGUUGUAAUGUCUCAGCUGAGGAAAGGGACUUAAAGCAAAGCAAAGAAAGACCUUACCAGUGUGAUUUUGCUCAUCAACAGAAAGUCCUGACACAUUUAGAUCGCCCCUGCCCAAGAAUAAUAAAGUGUGUAGGAUUUCAGUGUGGCUGUGUAUGAAAAUGAUCCUGUUCCAUUACAUGUGAGACGCAGACAAAAUCAGGCUGCCGUGAUAGCCUUCCUCCACUAACCACAAAGUAAAGGCACUUCUGCUAUAUUUCAUGAAAUGAAAGGCGUUCCUUUACAUUGUUAUUAUUAUUAUUAACCUGGAGGGGGUGCUCCACCCCUAAAGUAAACUCAUGGCUACAUGUGGUUUUAAUUAAAAAUCUUGUAAUGAAUGUGUGGAAAUGUCUUGAGAAGAAGCAGAUGUUGUUCACCUAUAGGGUGGGUUAACAGUUCUGUUUUUUUUUUUACCUCAAAUGAAAGUAAGUAGGCUAAUUUUGUAUCCGAGUGACGUAAUUUGUUCCUUUCUCUGCUGCUGCUGUUGGACAACAUAAAAUGUUUAAAAUGUGUUUUCUAUUACUCUUCCUGCUUGUGUGAUUUUCAUUCUUGUUUACUGGUUUUUCUUACUCAUUUAGCCCUCAGACAGUGACUACAAUGUCUUUUAUGUAAACUCAUAGCAGUCACGUCGUCGUCUCUCUGCUUAUUAAAAGGGUCUAAAACUGCCUUAUAAAGCAAAAACACAGUGACUACAUGCUUACUCAAGCUUUAGUUUUAACCAAAUUCAGACUCUUUGACCAAAGGUGAAGUGCGUACAUUUUUUAUGCCUUAAAAGUUUUAAAAAGGAGUUAGCAGCAGGGAGCAUUAGCUGGCUAGGCUCGCAUAGCUUGCCUUGGCGAGUGUUAAUUUAUUCACUUAUCUGGGAUGUCUGUUAUAUUGUUCAAAUAUAUUAAAUGUUGAGGAGGUUUUUUACACAAAGGGGAGCACUGUAUUGAGUGAUAUGUAGGAUAUGUAAGAAUAACACAUACUCUGACGGCUAGAUACUUGAACUAAGAUGCUGUGGUUAGGAGUUGUCUGCUUUUGAGAUAAAGUUUCAUAGUAUUCAUUUAAAAAUAAACCCUGUGUGAUUGUGAUAUCAUAUUAUCUUAAGAAAAGGCAGCUGUUUUAGUGAGGUAUGAUGUUAGUUUGCCAUUUUAUUAUUUUACUUAAAAUGAAAGAAAGUAUUUUUUUUCACUGCAGUGAAGUAAUUUCCCUUUUCUGCUGCUGCUCUGAAAGGACAUAGUAAACUUCUUAAAUGUGUUUUCUAUUACUCUGUCUGCUUGUGUGAUGUUUGUCCUUGUUUACUACUCACUGGUUCUCCUUAGUUCGCUCUCAGACAGUAACUGCAAUGUCUUCCAUGUAAACUGUCUCAUUUACAUGACUACGCCACAGUCUGCAUACAAUGGUAGUUAAGUCCAGAUUAGACUUUUUCUUAACCAAAUUUAAAUAUUUUGAGAAAACGGGAAUAAAAAGAAAAUAUAAACAGCCCUAGCAUUGUAGUCUGGAAAUAGUUGUAGCUUACUUUAGCUGAAGUAGCUUUUGUAGCUUAGCUUUUGUAACUGUUUCCUGAGAACGAGGCAAUCACUAAAAUAAAUGCUAUAAAGGAAAAAAAAAUUAGUCCUGUUCAAAAGCUAAACUAGCAAACUUGCCCUGUUCAAAAGUUAAAACAUAGACUCUCUUGUUCAACAUUUUCCACAGCGAGUCCUUGUCUUUUUUUUUUUUUUUUUACCAACUGCCUCCUCCCAUCUGUCUUUCUUUCAGGACCAUACAGAGACUGUCUCGAUGCACAGGAAGCUGGCCACAUUACCAGCGGUAUGUAUUUGAUCAAACCAGAUGAGGCAGAAAGGCCAGUCCAGGUCUGGUGUGAACAGGAUAUCGACAAUGGAGGCUGGACUGUUAUUCAGAGCAGGAGAGACGGAUCUGUUAACUUCUUCAGGAACUGGGACAACUACAAGGUGAUGACACAGACACUUUCCCCCAGCCUGUCUGUCUAAUCUUUCUCCAUCCUCUCUUGAGACAGCCAGAGUAUUUUAGUCAUCCAGGGUCAACAGGGGUGUUGUUAUAUGACCCAGCUAGGGGAAACCAUCUGGGGUCUUUGGGACUAUUCCCCUGUCUGGGAUCCUUGUGUUUUCAUUUACAAUAAAAUAUAACGCCCUGUCAGCAGCGCCUUUCGCGAAGGUCAUUUAGUUUGAGAUUCCCAUUAUGAAACAUUAGACGCCCCACUAGGAAGGUAUGUUCCACAGCUCAAUCUGCAGGCGUUUCUUUCCAAAACCGCUACUACUAUGCUGCCUUCCUGGAUAGAUGGCUGGUUGGCUCGCUACACCACACAAUAUAGACCCCCUCAUCAAAGCUCUGUGAGAAUGAGACGGAGUAUAUAUCACUGCUGGCAGCCACUACGAUCCAGGUUUCCAUUCAGCCACGCCAGGCUUGUGCAUGUGUAACUGGAACCUAAAUUGCUCUCUUCAACAUUGAUUUGUCUCUGUGCUCUCCCACAAAGCCACCACACGUACAAACACACAGCAGCAGCGGAGACGGGGCCACUACUAAAACCCUACAUCAUUCAUCAUCUGCUGGCCCACACUACUAAUCCACAAUCACAAACCUCAACUUUCUCUACGGAGCGAAGUGUUCUGGAUGUACAUGCCAGACGUAGAUUGCUCGCGGUUAUUCAACACGAAGGGAGCAGGCCAGUUUCGCCAUUAGCCGUGAUCCAAGAGAUCUGUGAGGUUUGAGUGAGAAACCAGGAUCUGGAGACGGAUGCUUAUUUUCCUGCGUAAACUCAGCAAUAUGUCACUGUUAGUCAUCUCAAAGACAGUGAGGCAUUCUUGUGCGGCAGUGCUUAUUUCCUUUUGAAGUUUUGUAGUUUAUCUUCUCUGUAACUGGAAUGUCAUCAAAAGAAAGCUCUCAUUUGUUCUGUCACAAUCCCACAGACUCAUCCCCCAGAUGGUUUCAUGUUCCUAAACAAUUCUCAUGUGGCUAAACUCCUCAGGCUAAACAGUUGGUAUGUUUUCUGAUAUCUUUACGUAACUCUUUUCAUUUUUCCUUUGACUCAGAGCGGCUUUGGCAAUAUUGACGGGGAAUACUGGCUCGGUCUAGAGGGCAUUUACAAACUUGGGAGACAGGGCGACUACAAGCUCCAGGUGGAGCUGGAGGACUGGAUGGACAAGAAGGUCUAUGCUCAGUAUAGCAGUUUCCAUCUGGAGCCCGAGAGCGAGGGUUUCCGUCUGCGUCUCGGCGCCUACAUGGGCAACGCUGGGGACUCCCUCAGCAGCCACAAUGGAAAACAAUUCACUACUCUGGAUCGAGACAAGGAUGGCUUCACGGGUACAUGAACAGGAGUCCUUUUGUUUCAAUGUGUGCACAAGUCUUGUUCAGACUGUGUCAUAUUCUGCUGAAAUGUCAAGACUCCCUGUAUUAAGGGAUUAAAAGUGUUUUUAUAUCAGAUUAAAAUCAGAAUCAUGAUCAUGUGAUUUCCCUGCAUCAGUCAACCUAGGUUUCGAAUAACCUAGAGAAACCUAGAUACGCUCCCUGUGGAGUCCAUUUGACAUACUUUUAAAAGCUGUUGCCUCACUCAGUUGAAAAUCUGUUUUUACACACAACUAAUAACCAUUCUCCCUGUUUCUCCUCUACAGGUAACUGUGCUCAUUUCCAUAAAGGAGGUUGGUGGUACAAUGCUUGCGGCCAAGCCAAUCUGAAUGGUGUCUGGUACACCGGAGGCGUCUACCGCAGCAAAUUCCAAGACGGGAUUUUCUGGGCCGACUAUGGCGGAGGUUUCUACUCCAUGAAGUCUGUUCGAAUGAUGAUCAGACCCAUAGACUGAGGAGAUCCUGUACACCAGGCUGGUCCAGGAGCAGCUAUGGAGGGAGGGGCACACAUAAACCUCAUCAACCUCAGUGAUGACUUGAACUGCCUAUUCUAUAAGAAGUGGACUCAGUGUAAAGAUUGUCCUCUUUACAACACAAUUUAAGCACACAUAGAGGAAUUUAGGGUACAUGUCUAUUUAUGUUUGCCUUACAUCUCUGAACCAUCAAUUAUGAUGUUGAAAGGACUUAAAGAUGAUUGCCAAAGUCUUGUUUUCAAAAAACAUCUGCUUUAUUAAGAAACCACAGAGUUUUCCUCUUACUCAUAACAAGGUCACCUGGGGAAAGGAGGCGCCACUCCUCACGGAACUUUGUGGGUAUUAAUUUCAUCUAUAGCUUUGGUGUCAUGGGAUCUGUUAGCAGCUGUUUUUACCUCACCAAAAUAAACAUGUGGGAAGAGGGACACUCAUAUAUGGCCUUUAACUUAUUUUAUUGUGGCUGAAAGCUGGAAAAUACAUUUUAUAUAGAUUUAUUUAGACUCUGUAUUCACCUCCAAAUCAGAAAACACCAACACUUUAGGAGAUUUUGGUUUAAAUGCUUAUUCUAUUAUUAUAGCACAAACAGUACAGAUCUUUCUUUAUCUUCUUACACUUUAAACGACCUAUGUAGUGUAUGUUAAAGUACUUUGUGCAAGUACAGAUGGUCUGAAAUGAUAAUUUAUGUGUAUAAUUAACUUAUCAUAACAUUGAAAAGGGCCAGGUGUCCUGAGGGAACAGUAAAUGAUCCUACAGAAAAUAGAGCUAAUUUCCUCCACUGUAUAUGUGACAAUCAUUCUCAAAGUGUGCCUCCAUGGAUGGAAAUUGCUGUUAUAUGUUUUUCUCAUAUAGCUGUUGAUUACAUUUCAGUACGAUUCCGGGAAAAACAAGCAUUGUUGAGUUGGAAAAAAAAAGAUAUUUUGAGUGGUUUUCGAGCACGACAAAUAUACCGACCAAGCGUGUAGAGAGUUACAGUCGGUGAGGCUGCGAACGAGAAACACAUUGCUGGAAGUCAGACAGGAUGGAGAAAGAACUGGAGAAGAGGGAGGGCAAGGGAUGAACUGGGAUGGAUCCAGUCCAAAUUUCCAACUUAUUUCCCCUCUGCUUCCUUUUAAACACAGACAUUUACAUUCUUUCCACACAAAAGUGCUUUGACUGUAUUUUUUGUAUUAAAAAAAAACGUUCACUGAAAAAGUCA